AUGCGUACUUUCAUAAAAUCGCACAGACGGUCUUCAUCGCUCGAGGCUUGCCCGCCGAAAACAACGCCAAAGCGGAACUCUACUGGGUCUCCAACAGAGCUACAGCCACCAGUGUUCCCACCAAGUGCGCCGCGGCAGUCCUCGAGUUUUGAGUCGCUGCAGAAGCUGACGAGUGGCAAGCUGUUUUCGACCAAGCUCUUCAAGAAAAGCGGGGCACAGAAACUCCCGGCUACUCCGGAUCUGCCAGCGUUUCCUCGAGGAUAUGACUCGCGAUCUCCUAGCUGCGAGUGGAGAGCUCUGGGGACUGAAGUGGCGCUGGAGGACAUCCCUGCGAUCAAGGGCACGCGGACGCACGAGUGGGGCGAAAAUAGCGACGUAUCGAACUCUGUGAUCGUGCUGAACCGGAACUCGAUUUCGUCUGAUGGCUCGUACGUGGAAACGCGCGACGAGCAGUCGCCAUGGCGUCUCGCACGACGGUCACUCGACUCUGCGACACAGACGCUGAGCUCUACCGAGGAGUACAGUGGACCGGAAAUCAGGAUACGCUCUUCAACGCCACACAAGUUACGGGAGGCAAGUGAUUCGUUUCUCAAAAAGCGCUGGAAUCGGCAGGCGCGUAUCCAUUCAAAAGCUGAUAUCGCAAAGCUCGAGGGUUCCUUUCCCAUGCCUGUAGAAGCAAUCAGCCCGCCAUUUGCGCGCCGGCGCUCAUCUGAGAGAAGUCAGUGCUUAGGUGCAUCCGGCACAAUGGAACAGCAACUGAAUCCGGUAAAUCCCGAAAAAUGCUCGCUAUAUGCAGCUUGCAGUGAACGCAGCCAAAGCUUGACUAAAGCUACACAUGCUCUAGUUGCCACUGCAUCAACAGAAGUUGGAUUGCAGAAUAAUUUGAAUAGCGCGAGCGUUGAACUAAGGGAUGACUUGGAAAAUGAAAGGGAAUCCCUCUCGGAAGAGGAUUCUGGAUCCUCGUUCUCAGACGACUCCUCGAAGUUUUCAUUUGAAGUUGGCGGUGGGAUCAAUGGGCGGACUUCUUCGGUAAAAUACUAUUCCAAACCAGACCCACCCAUGAGAAACUACAUUGAUGAUCUGUUUGAGGACGAAGAUUUUGAUGAGGACAUGAACUGCUAUGACGACGACCAAGAGUAUGAAGAAGAUACCGAGCAUCUCUUUGGAGCUUCUCAUGUGCAACUUGAACAUGGCUACAGCAUGAUGCAUGAAGUGACUGACAGUGAUAGUGAACAAGAAACUAAAAGCAAUAUUAGUUCUGUGUUGUCGAAAGGCCAAAAUGCAAUAUUUCCAUCAUCUGAUGGGCGGUUUGUCCUCAACUCUGGAGAUUCAAACGGCGGGAGUAAUCAGGAGAACAUUGGCGUAAAAAUGCUGGAAAAAUCCAUAUCGAAUAUUGGGCUGGAAGAUGUGGAAGAUGUGGAAGAUGACAGCGACGGUAUAAUUCCAACUGAUACACAAGAAGAUAUCGAUUCUCCAGUUCAUAGCCAACCUUCGCAUGCAAAUUUCAGUCAUAUUAAAAAAUACAGUGAUAUAUUUGGUAUUUCUGAUAGCGACGAGGAUACUGCUAAUAAUAGCAGCAGCCAAUACCCAUUUGAAGAAGGUUACUAUUCAUCUGAUGAGGAGCCCACAUUAAGGGCUGAACCUGCAGCUAAUACAGAAGAUGGUUUUACGGAUGCUUUAAAAGCAAGCUUCAAGCAGGACGAGAGUAGUCAUUCAAGUACAGACAGUAUUGAUAAAACUCCUACCUUUGCAUUAGAUACCGAUGGUGAAUAUUUCCCACCAACCUUGACGCUGAAUAAAAAGUCUGAGGUAGACGAUCUGGAUGUUUCUGAGGAAGCUGCACCGGAAUCUAUCUCCUUGUCCACCUCAGAUUUAGAGCAACCAGCGGACGCUAAACAGGAUAGAGCGAAUAUAAUUUCUUCAUCUAUUAUGGAUUAUGCUAUCCACGAAGUAGCGACCACAGAGUCUGUGGAGAGCGAUGAAAAUCAAACUACCUGCGUUCCCCAGACCACAAGAGUUCCCAGCAAGGUGACAAAAUAUGCCGAUUUGUUUAAUUUAAGUGAUGAAAACGAUGAAGACGGCAGUGAUGGCGAGUUCCUAGACGAUAUGGGGUUUAACGAACUUGAAAGCACUCCAGUCGAGUCUAAAAAACCCAAUAUACCGCCGAGACGUCUCGGCAAUGAGUAUUUUGGCAAUUUUCAUUCACCAGUCGCCUCUUCCCAUAAUGCACCUGCGGUUCCCAGACAGCAUAGCCCUCUUAGUGCAAAAGUUAUCCUACCUGCAACGGAGAACACUUCAAUUAAGUCACAAUAUGCGGUUCCAAGGAUGGGCCAAUCACCUUUGCCUCCACCAGCCAGAUCACAAACUUUAAAAUUCCAUGAUCUACACAGUAGCCUUGAUGGCGAAAUCAGGGGCACCAUGAGCAAUUUGUUCUUCAUCGACGAGUCAGAAGAGGAUCAGUAUUACCAAGUCCAAAGUAAGGUUGAUGAUGAUUAUUUGGACGAGAUCAAUAAUGUGCCGGAGGAUUUCAAUUUCUCUGAUAAUGAUAGCGAUACGUGUUCUGGAAAGUCUCCGAUGUUCCCUACAGGACUCAGAAAUUCAUUCCGGAAGACGCGAAGCUUUUCCGAAAAACCCACUGGUCUUGCAAAGGAACCCACUCCAACGAGGUACAAGCUAGAUAUCAAGAACAAGACUGUCACAUUUUUCAAAAACGGGCUAAGUAGGCCUUUAUCCGAGGGUUCAUUGCACGGACAAAGUAUUCCUUCCCGCGCCCAUGUUCCGCCACUGUCACUAAGAAAGGCUAUGUCAGAAGGAUCUCUCGAACAAAGUGCCCACUCGCCUUUGGGGUAUGGGAGCCUAGCCUUCGGACUUAAUUCUUUAAAGUCUCCAGAGAUGAGCCGAACCGACGCCUAUGGACUUAGCCCCAUACAGGAGGCUAUUUCUUCCGGAGAUGCUUCGCCGAAGUUAGUGAAUUAA